GCGGAUACGUAUAUUCCUGCUUAUAUGAUGAAUAAUGCUGAUGGAACUUAUCUGUCCCCUGCGGAAUUAGUGAGAGCCAUUUCGGCAGUUACAAAUCGAGAAGUAUCUAUGGAUAUCUUGUCAAAACCUGAGCUGAUGCAUGAGACAAUGUGGGUGCUUAUCACCUACUUUUUCGACAUGCCACACAGAGAGUUCAGCCGGGUCAAGUUGCUAGAUCUUAUGAACAAGGUAGUAACGGAUUUGCGCUUAGCUGCACCUUUCGACAUCAUCGAUUUGGACUGUGGAGAUCGAAGAAAAUGGAUGUUCAUGUUUUCAAAAGUUAUAGAAUUUAUCCAAUUGAAACAAACUUCUCAUGGAACUCAGUUCUAUCAGCAGGCACUUGCCUCCAAGGCUAAAUACGCUGAAGGACAGGAGGCACUUUCCGCAAUGCAAUCAAAGUUAUCUCUGAAUAAACCGGAGUUAUUGGCAAAGCAGGAGAAAUUGCAGUACCUCACUCAACUUCGAGGGGAAAUUUCUUCGGCCCGUGAUGAGAUGCAAACUGUUAUUUCGAAUUUGGAAAACCAGAUCGCUGCACUGGAUGAUUCAGAAUUGAAGGUAACGGAGAAGAUCUCAGCUUUGAAAUUGGAAAACAAGCAAGUUGUAGACGACUUGCUCGCAGCCAAUGCUGAAAUACUGCAAGACGUAGAGAAUUUGCCCGACUCAAUCGGCCAUUUGAAGGACUGUUUGGAAGAAAUCGAGGCAGAUAUCUGCAGUUUAUUUGAGAAACUCACCAGUAUACUUGAACAGACCACAGAGUUGCAACACUUAGAAUCGAAGUUGGUGCAGCUCAAAGAGUGCGUCAGCGAAGUCUACGUUGCUCUCAAUCAGUACUCCUCUCUGAAGCAGAAGGAAAAGCAUAAUCAGCUGGAACUCGAUCAAACCUUGGCCGCGUAUGAGAACAAGCGUGCAGAGGCGGACUCGUGUGCUCACACCGCCAGUGAUUUGCAGAGUGGAAUUACGCGUCGAAAGCUCUUGCUUGUAAAUAAAAAGAAGCCUGCAGCAGCAAGGCAAGCAAAUCAAUCUCGUCGCGAUCACUGUUUAUCGGAGAUGCUGCGUUCCACUCCAUCGCUGGAUCUGAAGCACAAGAGUGAGGCAAUCGACAGAAAAAAGCUUCGCUAAGGAGAUUGAGAGGCAUCGUUCGGAGAUAGAACACCUUCGAGCGCAGCUUCAACAGAUGCAGUAUUUGCAAGCAUCACUGGAAGAGCAAAUCAAACUAAACCAGACAGAAGAAGCUAAACUCGACCAACGUAUGCCAUUGGUGGAGCGCUUUGGUCGUAUACUCUCCGAGAUAUGUGAGAUGCUUCGGAAGCCUGAGUAGAACACAAACCGCAUCUACCCGAUUUUCGCCCUGAGAUUGAUAUUUUUUAUUUUAUACUACUGUCUACGAUUGCGUUUGGAUUAUUUUUUAUGAUGCAUUGUAUACCUCGCAGCUUGUGACCAUCAUCAUCAUCAACAUUAGUACAUUAGCCACUUAAACGGAUGCUUCGCUGCCGUACAACCACGGUGACCUACGGAACAAAGAAUACUGGCAGGGAGAGAAGGAGGCUCAAACCUAGAACUUACUAACCCUACGCAAACAUACAGGCUAAAGACGCUCAUGUGUUGCCAAAAAAUUACAGUCGGCGAAAGCUGAAUAUCGUACAAUGAUAAGGCGGCAUCGGCAAGACAGCUUCCUUGCCGUUUUCCCUGCCUCAUGUUAUAAUUAGCCAUUACCCCGCAAAUGACGGCACGAAACGCACUAUAAACAGGCAAUCCGACUAGGAGACGAUAGCAUACAUGCCAUCGGUGUCGACUACGAACCAUGUCCUAUAAUCUCUUGAGCGAAGCACAAGGCGGGUCACGUCUACUCCAGCCUGGAAGGCUAGACGGACCGAGUUGCGUCGUCAGUUACUUCAUUUCCCGCUGCUAAGUUAAUUUUUGCCCACCUCGGGCCUCGUUCUGUGUUAGGUAUUAAUCACUAGUGAUGGGCAGAGAUCUCAUCUGUCCCAUUGAAAGACGCAUUGUGAGUGUCACGUGUGACACGAGUGGAUGCCAUGGGGGCGCUGCUUGUCAGGUUUCCGCACUGCUAUCCAUGAAACCGACGACAUUGCCUGUCGGUGUUUCAGUUUAUGUCGCAAAACUAAUUUCUCUGGAGCAGAUUACUUAUUCUCGGUUUGAUAGGUAUGGCAGGAUAGAGUUUCGAUAAGAUAAGAGGUAGGAAAAUAUAAAACAUUAAAUU